UCUCUAGGAGUUGGACAACUUACUAUGAAGCUGUUGAUUUUUGCCUGUCUGCUUGGGCUUGCCUUAGGGCAUGACGUAUUUAGCUACUAUACCCCUACUUACGACUAUUACCCUGCUACGGCUGUUUCCUAUGCCCACAGUACAUCUAUCCUGCCCUUAGCCUAUUCUCGCCUAGUGACUGUUCCCGUAUCCCAAUCAUCGCAUGUCUAUCACAGCGUGGAGACUCCCAAUUCCUUUCAGCAACAGUAUCGAGCGGACUAUAAGCCUUUGACCUAUGAGUAUAUCUACUAACGUUAAGGACACAGCUCGUCGAGAACCCAUUAUGCACUAGCAGCUCAUAAUAAUCUUAUACACAUAUGAAACAUGAAUAAAGUUUAACAGAAACUCUUA